CAGAAACCUUGAAAUUAGAAAAUCCAUUUCUACACUUGUUUCUGUGGUGUAUCUUGUCAAACAGCCAGGAGAUGGCAAAGCUUUUUUGGAAAUAUGGAAAGAACCAGAUCGCCGCUGCUCUAGUCGCUUACGGUCUGUUGAAGAAAAUGGCGCUUAUUAUUGACAACAAGGACUUGGAAGCGUCAUUGAACACAAAUGCAGAUGAAUUUUGUCAGCUUGCAGAAACAAUGUUGAGCAAGUGCAAAGAAUCAAAUAAACAGAAGACUAUGGACAUGCUGGAGAUUAAAGUGGAGGACUUGGGUAAUGCGACAUGUCGGCAGAUCGCACUGGUGACCGAAAACAUGAGUUUUGUCGCACAUCCUUUCUUCCAAUCAGUCCUGAGUGAAGAGUGGAUGGGCAAGUUGUUCCUUCAAAAUCGAUGGACAUGGGUGAGGAUGCCAUACUUAUAUAUUUGUUAUAAUCUACAGGGUAUUCAGCUUUCUCAAGAUCAUGAUCUCAUUGCAAAAUAAACUCUUUUUCGUGCGAUGAUAAU